AUUAACGUUCCUGAAGAACUGAAAAAGAAAAAAAAAAUCUUGUCGGAUUCCAGUGGUUGUGGAGUCGUACAAAAGAACACAUCGAAAAAUUCUUCCGAUCACUGAAAACUGAAAUUUCGCCGGGAUCCGGAGCUGGCGGGAGAGCACCGGAGAUAACCUAAUCCAUUGCAGAUUCGAGCUCGUUUCUCUUUCUUUACCGUUUAGGUUCCCCAGUCAAAGCGCAUCUUUCGAGUUCUUCUCUCGGUUUCCUCCACCAUGGGAACCCUGCGAAUGAUAGAUAUUGCGGUCAAUUUUACAGAUGGCAUGUUCAAAGGAAUCUACCACGGGAAGCAGUACCACGCAGCUGAUAUAGCAGCGGUAUUGAGCAGGGCUUGGAGUGCUGGGGUUGAGCGAAUCAUCGUGACUGGUGGAUCACUCGAGGAGUCAAAGGAGGCCCUUAAAAUUGCUGAAACAGAUGGAAGGCUCUUUUGUACUGUGGGUGUGCAUCCAACAAGAUGCAAGGAAUUUGAAGAGAGUGGUGAUCCAGAAGAGCAUUUUCGGGCCCUUCUUUCAUUGGCCAAAGAGGGAAUUGAUAAAGGAAAGGUCGUUGCAGUCGGUGAAUGUGGAUUAGACUAUGACAGGCUUCACUUUUGCCCUGCGGAUAUUCAAAAGAAGUAUUUCGAGAAGCAGUUUGAAUUAGCGCACACAACAAAGCUUCCUAUGUUUCUUCACAUGCGUGCAGCAGCUGAAGAUUUUUGUGACAUUGUAGAGCGAAAUAAGCAAAGGUUUUGUGCUGGAGUUGUUCAUUCUUUCACAGAUAGUGCUGAAGAUCGUGACAAGCUUCUCUCGUUCAGUAAUUUGUACAUAGGCAUUAAUGGUUGCUCUCUGAAAACUGCUGAAAAUCUUGAUGUUGUGAGGGGUAUACCAAUUGAGAGAUUGAUGAUUGAGACGGACUCUCCAUAUUGUGAAAUCAAGAAUACACAUGCUGGGAUUGGUUUUGUUAAAUCUGUCUUGGCUUCCAAGAAGAAAGAGAAGCAUGACGAGCAAAGCAUAGUAAAAGGCCGGAAUGAACCUUGUUUAGUUCGGCAAGUUCUUGAGGUCUUGGCUGGAUGUAAAGGCAUCAUGAAUAUCAAUCAGCUUGGCGAAACUUUGUACCAUAAUACGUGCAGAGUUUUCUUUCCUCAAGACCUGGACUCUGCCGCCGAUGCUCUUCUUGCUGGUUCUCAUGGUCUUGAUGAGAAAAUUUAGUAUAAAUCUGAAACCUACUUUUGUUAAACUCUAUUGUUUUUGCACCAUUAGUUUUGGAAGCACGAGUACAUUUUUCUCCAAUAUGUUGGCUUUCUUUCAUUACCA